AUGGCCAACCCUCGCGUAGAAGAGCUGCCUGACGACGAAGUCGCCAAAGCCACCGUCGAAGAUGCUGCUGAUAGCUCUGAGUCGGAAGCUGAGGGUGGUGAGGAGACAACCAUUCCAGGAGGCGCCGCCGUUACCGUCCACUCUCGCAAUGAAAAAAAGGCCCGUAAGGCAAUUGGCAAGCUCGGCUUGAAACAUGUUCCUGGAAUCACUCGUGUCACUCUCCGCCGCCCAAAAAACAUCCUUUUUGUGAUCAGCCAACCUGACGUUUACCGCUCACCAUCUAGCAACACCUGGAUCAUCUUUGGCGAAGCCAAGAUUGAAGACUUGAACUCCCAGGCCCAAGCUACCGCCGCCCAGCAACUUUCUGCUGCCGAUGCCGGAAACGUAGAGCACGCAGGACACGAACAUAUUGAUCUCGGCAAAGGCAAGGCUGUCGAAGCUGAGAAGAAGGAAGAAGAGGAAGAAGAGGAGGGCGAGGUGGACGAGUCAGGUUUGGAAUCGAAGGAUAUUGCACUUGUCAUGGCCCAAGCCGGCGUAUCGAGAGGAAAGGCUGUUAAGGCAUUGAGAGAGAACGAUAAUGAUAUCGUCAACUCGAUCAUGGCCUUGAGUCGAAGCGCAGCUCUCAAACUCGACUGGGUCAAAGUCUCCAGCUCCCUCGGCCUCCGUGGAGCUACGGCGGCAUCACUCCAGUCUUUCAAAAAACGGAACGACGAUGCUCGCCGUAAGGUGCAGACCCUUUCCGAGACCCCCCAAACCGUCGACUUCUCGCAUUACCGCGACGUCCUAAAGAACCAGGCAAUUGUAGACGAGAUCGAGAAGCAAUUCAAGGCAUUCAAGCCCCAAACAUAUGACGUCAACCGGCAAUUGAAAGCCAUUGAGGCCUUUGAGGCUCAAGCUGUGACCAGUGCAGAGGCAACCAAGGGAAAGGUCGAGGAGGAGUUGAAGUCCCUCGAGAAAACUUUGGAGAAUAUCGAGACAGCGCGGCCGUGGGAGGACCUCACUGUGGAUGAUGUUGUCGCCGCCCAGCCUGAGAUUGAUAAAAAAACUGCUGAAUUGGUGAAGAGGGGUAUCUGGAUGCCACCUGGCUACAAGGAGAAAUUCGGCGACCUCUCUUUCUUGUAA